GUUCUUCUCCAUCGGAUCCGUACCGUGUCCCUGGUCUGCCUUCAUCCAGCGGUAAUGAUUCCGGGGUGCUUUACCGAUCCCGCGUUGUCAAUGCUGUCUCCGCUUUAAACACGCCGACCUGCUGAGCAUGUCGGCUUCUCAACUCCUCUCACUGCCCCUGCACCCCGUUGCUGUUGCUUUGUGAUUUUGGUCCCUUCACUUUGUGUGUGUGUGACAUUUUACAAGGUUCUUCUUCGCCGGGACUUCAGCGAAUGCUUAGUUGCAUCUCUCGCCGAGAGUGAGUGAAACAUCAGGUCUUCAUCAUGUCGUCUUUCCUCGAGUCCUCUCUCCGCAUCCCCUCACACGCAUCGAGAAGUUGGCGAACAGCGAGGUACUUUACCCGCGAUCAAGGGAAGCAAAACCUCCUCUUCGCUCGUUCGUUCUCCUCGACCCUACGUCGCCAUGAAAUCAAUAAAGUCGUCCCCUCGGCCGCCGAGGCGAUCAAGGACAUGAAGUCCAACUCUACCCUUCUAUGUGGUGGCUUUGGACUCUGCGGCGUGCCCGACACUCUGAUUGACGAGGUUGCGAAAACACCGUCCAUCACCGGUCUAACCGCGGUCUCCAACAAUGCCGGCAUCCCAGGUGCCGGCCUCGGUCAGCUCUUGGAGACCAAGCAAGUGAGGAAAAUGAUCGCCAGCUACGUUGGCGAGAAUAAAGUGCUGGAGCAGAUGUACCUGACGGGAGAGAUGGAGUUGGAACUGACACCCCAGGGAACUUUGGCCGAACGCUGUGCGGCGGGAGGCAAAGGAAUCCCCGCAUUCUACACACCGGCUGCGUUUGGCACAGUCGUGCAGACGGGUGAGAUCCCACUGAGGCACAACAAGGAUGGCAGCAUUGCACAAUUCGGAAAACCCAGGGACGUCAAGGUUUUCAAUGGCAAGUCCUAUGUCAUGGAGGAAGCGAUCGCCGGCGACUACGCGUUCGUGAAAGCGUACAAGGCCGACAAGCUCGGGAACUGCCAAUUCCGCCUCGCAGCAAACAACUUCAACGGUGCCAUGGGCAGGAAUGCUAAAGUUACCAUUGUGGAAGCCGAACAUAUCGUCGAGGUCGGCGAGAUUGACCCGGUCGCGGUGCAUUUGCCGGGUAUCUAUGUGAGCAAGGUGGUACAGGCGACCGCCGAGAAGAAGAUUGAGAAAUACGUCAACCGCAAGGAAGAGGGCGCCGACGUCAAAGACAGUCUUGGAAAGGGCGAUGCCGCAUCGAAGCGCGAGCAAAUCGUGAGACGUGCUGCGAAGGAAUUCCAAAACGGCAUGUACGCCAACUUGGGUAUUGGCAUGCCUAUGUUGGCCCCAUCCUUCGUGGAUGCUUCAGUUGAAGUCCAGUUACAAUCUGAGAACGGUAUCCUCGGCCUGGGCCCAUACCCGCGAAAGGGUGAGGAAGAUCCAGAUCUCAUCAACGCUGGAAAGGAAACCGUCACUUUGCUCCCUGGCGCUUCAUGCUUCGGAUCAGAGGAGUCUUUCGGUAUGAUCCGCUCGGGGCGCAUCAACAUGUCGAUGCUGGGCGCAAUGCAGGUUUCCGCGAAGGGUGACCUAGCGAACUGGAUGUUGCCCGGGAAGGUCAAGGGCUUCGGUGGAGCGAUGGAUUUGGUGAGCAACCCAGAGAAGACCCGAGUGGUGGCUUUGAUGGAGCACACGGACAAGAAGGGAAAUCCCAAGAUCCUGAAGCAGUGCGAGUUCCCUCUGACCGGAAGAGCAUGUGUCUCGAGAAUCAUCACGGAAUUGUGUGUCUUCGAUGUGGACUUCACGGACGGCCUGACGCUCAUUGAGCUCGCGGACGGUGUCACCGUCGACGAGAUCAAGGCCAAGACCGAGGCGCCUUUCAAGGUCGCCGACAACAUCAAACCCAUGCUCUAAGCCCCCCAUUUCCUUGCUCAUCACGUGCACGGAAAGAGAACAUAGACGACCUUGAGGGUGGAUCAGUUUAAUGCCAAAGGUCUCUGACUGAAAGGGAGCCACAAUUUGAUACGAGCGCCGUGGAACUGGAUACUGAUCGGAAAAGUCAUGCAAUGUAUUUGAAUAUUGGGUACGAGGCAGGGAGCCUGAAGUUGAACUGGCUCGCCAGUGUGGAGCUGAAGCGAAGCAAGGGAUUCAAAAAGUGCAGGCGGGGAUGUGGAUGGCUCCUCGAAAGGUAUAUCGACGGCAAGCUGUGGUGCACCAGCCUUGAGAACGAAGGUUAUUUGCGAAUGCUACCCGCCGGUGCUCAGCGCUGAGGAAUGGGCAGAGACCACACACCCUGCCACUCUCAUCUACACAGUGGGUUGGCCUGCUCACAAAAAGGAGUGAGACGAGAGCCAGGGGAAAGAUUCCAUAACUGAGCAUUUUGAAAGUUUCUAGACGACAAGGCGUGGUGAUGGUGUUUAAUUAUGUGUUCUAUCGGUCUGUCACUGUUCACCAGGGAGAGCAAUGAAUUCGAAGCUUUUUUUGUCCCCAAAAAGACAUCCCAUCUAGGCCAUCCAUCCGUCCAUUCAUCCAUCCAUCAGUCAUCAUACCAACCGCUAGACUCUACCUGAUUGUCCCUCCGGCCACUCUUUCGGGCCGACGACUUCUUGG